AUGAAGAGUGAGUUUGAGAUGAGCAUAAUGGGAGAACUCAAGUUCUUCUUUGGGCUACAAAUCAAACAAGCUAAGGAUAACAUCUUCAUCAACCAAGCUAAGUACACCAAAGAAUUGAUCAAGAGGUUUGGAAUGCUGAAUAGCAAGCCAAGUAGAACUCCAAUGAGCACAAAUACUAAACUUGACAAGGAUGUAAAAGGAAAACCGGUCGAUGAAAAGCUCUAUAGAGGUAUGAUUGGUAGUUUUUUGUAUCUCACAGCUAGUAGACAGGAUAUUAUGUUUUCCGUCUGUGGUAUCGUAGAAAUGUAUCCUUUGAUUUAUGUUCCUACUCGGAUGCAGACUUUGCUUGAAGCAUCCUUGAUAGGAAGAGUACCUCAGGUUAUUUGCCAAGAUUCUGUUGAUGCUUUGAAUAGACUCCUUGAUGGUUUUACAAGUUCUAUGCAAAUGAAAUUAGUAAAUUUGUAUUGUAGUUUUCUUGGCUCUUUAUAG